AUGGUGCGCAAAGGCAGCUCAAAGGUCCGCACCGGCUGUCUGACCUGCAAGUCCCGCAAGGUCAAGUGCGACGAGGCCAAGCCCGAGUGCCAGCGGUGCGUGCGGGCCGGGCGGGCGUGCGAGGGCUACGCGGCGCGGCACACGGGGGACCCGGCGCUGAUCGGAUGGCACCGGCCGCGGAGCCUGCUGGCGUCGGCGGACGACCCGGCCGAGGCGCGGGCGCUGCAGUACUACUGCACGGCGGCCGGGCCGGGCAUGUCGGGCGCCAUCGACCCCAACUUCUGGAGCCGGCUCGUGUACCAGUUCAGCUCGUUCGAGCCGGCGGUGCGGCACUCGGUCGUCGCCAUCUCGUCCCUGUUCGAGAAGCUGCGGCGCAACCCCCGGGGCCCGAUGGUCGUCCUCGAGGACAGCAGCCUCGCCCUCAACCACUACAACGCCGCCAUCGGCCAGCUGCGCAGCUCCGACAACCAGCCCCUGAUUGUGCUCGCCUGCGUCCUCUUCAUCUGCAUCGAGGUCCUCCAGAACAACACCGCCGUCGCCGUCCAGCACUGCAAGCACGGCAUCGCCCUCCUCAACGACAUUGCCGGCCGCCACGGCUGGAUCCGCGAGUACCUCAUCCCCAUCUUCCGCCGCAUGACACUGCUCCCCCUCCUCUUUGGCAGGUUCCCAGACGACUUCCCCUUGCGCCUCCUGCCCCUCGAGGACCCCCUGCCCCUCUCCUUUGCUGUCUUGUCCGACGCCCGGGACCUGCUGUGGGACGGCAUGAUCCUUUCCGCGCACCUCGUCCGUCUCGGGGAGCCUUAUAGACAGAGAGUGUUCGCUUCCAGUCCAUCCUCACUAGCAUCAGCAUCGUCACCGCCACCACCAACAACAACACGCCUAUCCUUCUCAUCUACCACCUCGGCAUCGGAAUCCACUCCUCUUCCUCCAGCUCUUAUUCCCCAGCAACACCAACAAGAACAUCAACAAAAAGUCCCCGUCCCCGCCCACCUGCUCGCUCUGCAGCGCCAGGCCCACGCCUUCCUCGACCACUGGCACGCCCUGUGGCACGACCUCGAGUCCCGCCCCCGCACCGCCGCCGACCACAGCAACCCGGCCCGGCAGCUAACGCGCACGAUGCUACGCGUCCGGUACGAGGUGUGCCGGAUCUGGGCCGCCACCGCCUUCGACCCGGCCGAGACGGCCUACGACGGCUACCUCGACGUCUUUGGCCGGUGCAUCGCCCAGUGCUCCGUCUUCCGCACGAGCCUUCCCCCCGCGUGGCACGCUGCCAAGGACCACUUCAAGUUCAUGCUCGAGAUGGGCUACGCGCCCAUCCUCUACUUCAUCGCCGUGAAAUGCCGCGACCUCGAGCUCCGCCUCCAGGCCCUCCAGCUGAUGCUCUUCCUCAGCGCGCCCCGGGAGAGCCUGUGGGACGUCAACCUCAUGUACGAAAAGGGCCUGAGGAUUGUAGAGGCCGAGCACGGCGUCGUGCUCGACCACGAGCCCCGCAACUCGCCCGCGCACCCGGGCCCAGAGGUCCUGCGCCCAGCCCUGUGUCCCGGCCUACCGCCAGAGGAGUGGCGGGUCGGUGGGUACUGGGCCGAUUAUACGGCCGAUGAGAUUGUGCAACCGGCCAUGCGCGAGGUUGUGGGCACGAUUGAGGAGAUGACCAUGCUCAGUGAUGUAGUAGUAGCCCAGGGGCAUGGAAUGAGGACAGACAGCCAGCAGCAGCAGCUUCACGGGGUUCGUGGUGCCGGCAGUGUAAGCGACGGGAGCAGUCCGCUUGGGUCCAAGGGGUCGCCAGCGACGACUGUAAGCGAAGGGAGCAUACACCACCACGCCUUUGUCGAUGCUGGCCGCACCACAAAGCUGCUCGCGCUCGCGCCCAAGCCGCCGAAUUGUGGGCAGGUCGUUCCGACCCGGCAGCAGCUUGAGGGCAUCGUGGACGAGGUCCGCGCCUUGCACGACCAUGUAGUGUAG